AUGGAGUCAGAAUCAACCACCGGAAGCCAUUGUCAUAGAGCUGCGGAUAUGUAUACUAAAAUAAACGAAAUGAUGAAGAUACAACCAGCAGGAGGCUGGCCUAAGUACCAUAGUUACUACGUAGAGAAAAAGACAUCAAACAUACAUCAAAGGAACUAUAUCUAUAUGAAGCACCAGGAUCCAAAACUUCAAUCGUCUCAAAAAGUGGUAGCAGCUUUCACCGGAAAAUUCUUCCGAGACGUAAAGUUACCUCAGCAAAAACCCCAGGACGACGGCGUUCUUUUCCCAGCGGUGCUAUCCCCUAACCAUAACACUGAUUCCACUGCAGUUGAAGAACUCCGUGACUUUGAAGAAGCAAUUAGAGCUCAGAAGCCAUGGCUGGAGUCUCUUCUCCAGAAAAGCGGCGCUAUUAUUUUCCGAGGCUUCGCUGUUUCCUCACCUUCUGACUUCGACCGAGUUGUGGAAGCUUUCUCCUACGCUGAAUUUCCCUACUUAGGCGGCAUAGCCCGUCGGACGAAGGUCGUUGGCCGGGUGUACACCGCAAAUGAAUCUCCUCUCCAUAUGGGAAUUCCUUUCCAUCACGAGAUGUCAUACGUUCCUGAUUUCCCCACGAAGGUAUUUUUCUAUUGUGAUGAAGAACCAGGAGAAGGGGGAGAAACUCCGAUAGUUUUGAGUCAUAUCAUAUACGAAAAGAUGAAAGAGAAGCACCCAGAGUUGGUUGCACGACUAGAAGAGCAUGGAUUGACGUAUACAGAAGUAAUCAGCGAUGAAGACGAUUCAUCAUCCUUCACCGGUCGUAGUUGGAAGUCAAAAUUCAAAACAGAUGAUAAGAAUGUUGCUGAGGAAACGGCAGCAAAGCUUGGAAUAAAGAUUGAAUGGAUUGGGAAUGCUGCAAAAGUUACAACAGGCCCACUGCCAGCCGUCAGGUUUGACAAAGAGAGUCGCCGGAAAACAUGGUUCAACCCUAUUACAACUACAUAUAGUGGAUCUGCCGGAAAAUUUCUAAGUGUCGAGAUCGGUAAUGGCGACCCUUUGCCUGAUGAUGCUGUGGAAGAUUACAGAAAGAUCCUGGAAGAAGAGUGCGUUGCUAUACCUUGGAAGAAAGGCGAUGUUCUGCUUAUUAAUAAUUUGAUGGUUCUUCAUGGCCGACGACCACUACUAAAGCCGCCACGUCGUAUACUAGCUUCCCUUUGCAAGUGA